GCCGCGGGGAGCCCAGACAUGGGCGUUCGGCUGCCCCGUGGCGUGUCGGUACCUGCGGGAGGGAGCCCGGCGGAAAGUCCCUUCUUCCUAUGAGCAGCGCCUGCUCCCGGUGCUGGGCUCUCGCCAUGGACACUCUGAAAACCACCUACAUCGUGCUGGAGCUCAUCAUCGCCGUGCUCUCCAUCGCUGGCAACGUGCUGGUCUGCUGGGCUGUGGCCAUCAACAGCACCUUGAAGAACGCCACCAACUAUUUCCUGGUGUCUCUGGCCGUGGCUGACAUCGCCGUGGGGUUGUUGGCCAUCCCUUUCGCCAUCACCAUCAGCAUUGGCUUCCAGGUGGAUUUUCAUAGCUGCCUCUUCUUCGCCUGUUUCGUGCUGGUGCUGACCCAAAGCUCCAUUUUCAGCCUGCUGGCGGUGGCCAUCGACAGGUACCUGGCUAUUAAGAUCCCGCUGAGGUACAACAGCCUGGUGACCGGCAAGCGGGCGAGGGGACUCAUCGCAGUGCUGUGGCUCCUGUCCUUUGGGAUUGGACUGACCCCACUGAUGGGCUGGAACAAAGCCAUGAGUGGCUGUCCCAAUGCCACCAACGAGACAGGGGCUGAGCCUGGGACAGAGCCCCAUGGCUGCUUCAUCUCAUGCCUCUUCGAGAACGUGGUGACCAUGAGCUACAUGGUCUACUUCAACUUCUUUGGCUGUGUGCUGCUCCCACUCGUCAUCAUGCUGGGGAUCUACAUCAAGAUAUUCAUGGUGGCCUGCAAGCAGCUGCACCAGAUCGAGCUGAUGGGCAACUCCAGGACCACCCUGCAGAAGGAGGUGCACGCAGCCAAGUCUCUGGCCAUCAUCGUGGGGCUUUUUGCCUUCUGCUGGCUGCCCCUGCACAUCUUGAACUGCAUCACGCACUUCCACGAGGGCUUCUCCAGAUCCAAGCCCGAGUGGGUGAUGUACGUGGCCAUCAUCCUCUCCCACGCCAAUUCUGUCAUCAACCCCAUCAUCUACGCCUACAGGAUCCGGGAUUUCCACUGCACCUUCCGCAAGAUCCUCUCCAAGAUCCUCUGCAAGGCCGAUGACUUCCCCAAGUGCCCGUCUGACAACACCCAGAACCUGACUGUCAUCAACAUCAGCUCCCCCGUGGCCUCGGUGACUGUAUGACCCUGCCCCUGCAGCCCCUGGGUGUCCAGCCCAUCCCUGGCACUGCCCUGCCCCAUGGCAGCAGUCCCAGGAGUGCUCAGAGAUGACCACUAUGCACUUGUGCAGCUGUGUUUUUAUUUUAAUUUUUGUAAUUAACAUCGUGCCUCACAGAGGAGUGACCUGAGCGGGGACACCGAGUGCAGCUCACCCUCCUCUGGAGCCCCAGGGGGUGUGAGAGCUGUGAUCCUGUUGUGUUUCCUUUACAGGUGUUUCCAGGUCAAACACUGACUGGGAAAGACUCACCUGCUUGGGGGGGUGUUUCCCCAAUUGUGCUGCUCAUGUCAAGUCAUAGGAUCUUUAUUUUAAUUAUUAUUAUUAUUAUUAUUUUUUAAUAUUUUGUUUCAUUUAGGAGUAAUAAUUUUGUGUCUGAUUUUUGAGUUGUUCUAGACCAAACUUGACAGCACUUUGGUAAUACCCUAAUUAUUCCAUCAA